AUGCUCUUUCCAGUAACACGGGAAGGUGCUGGGAGCAAGGGGGGACACGAGAAACGAACCACCCCUUUCCUUUGCGCACCCAGACCCAUCAAAGAGCUCAACUGCGGGCGGCCCCUCGCCCUCCGUUUCCAUCAGCCAAACCCGUUACGUUCAAACGCGCACCGGGGAGCUGCUGGAGCGGGUCGGACCUGCGGCAGCGCCGACACCAGCACGGCAACAGGUACCGGUCCCGAGGAGCCGCGGCCGCCGCCCCGCCCGCAGCGCAGGACGCGGCCAGUGCCGCCGGGGCCCCCGGAGCGAGCGAGAGCCAACGCCGCCCACGAGCGCCGGCCGAGGGCCGCGGCCCCAGCGAGGGCUGCGCCAGCGGCGGCGGAUGGGGAGACCUCCUCCCGUCACGAAACGCCCGCGGGGGGCAAAAAAGGAAUGCGAGCACGGGCAGCAGGGCUCUCUGCAGAUGUCAGGGGAGGUUCGGCUUUUGUUUACAUGAAGACGACGCCCCGGCAGGCCGCCCGAGCCCGCGGAGCGCCGCAGGCCGGAGCCCCGGCCCAGCCGCCCCCACAGCCGCUCCCGCCGCCCGCGGUCGGCCGGCGGGGAGGAGAGGGGAUGUGCCGGGACACAGCAACAGGCUCAGCCCCCCCGGCCCGCGGCUCCACGGCCUCUGUCCUCCUCCGGUCCACCCAGCAAAACCCUUCGGAUCAAAUGAACAAUAAUAAAACUUUGGAAGGCAAACGCCUUUUAAAAGGACGCUCAAACUCCAGUGACGCGGCGGACCCUCCCCGCCCUUCCCGGCCCGCAUCCCCGCAGGACGCCUCGGGCGGGCUCGCCCCGCUCCCCGCCGCCCGGCCCAGCAUCCCGCUUACCCCAGCGGCUCGGCGGGCCCCGCCGCCCGGCCCCGCUCUCCGCCCUGCCCGCCCCCGAGUAGCGGCGCCGAGCGAGCGGCGCCGCGGGGGCAGCGCGCUCGGGCACGCCCCGGCGGCCUGA